CAACUGCCACCAAGGAAUGUUACGAGAAUGGCACAUGGGCACCAGCAGUAUACAACGCCUGCGUCCUGGAGACUAAUCGUAAGGAGCACCCAUUUGAUGAUAUGUACACUACGAAGACGGUUAGUGUGAGGCUCAUCUACGAUGUCGGAUUCUCUGUCACAACAGUUGUGUUGAUACUAGCCUUGGCCAUCUUCCUCAACUUUCGAAGUUUGAGGUGUCUUCGAAACUCCAUCCACUGUAAUCUCAUCAUGUCGUUUAUUUUCUCCAACAUAACAUGGCUGACAGUUCAUAACACCCUCAAUGAGGUCACAACAGGGGCUCCAAAGUGGGUGUGCAAGCUGUUUAUGGCGGCCAUAACGUAUUUUCACACGGUCCCAUUUUACUGGAUGUUUGUGGAAGGCUUGUAUUUGUUUACCAUUGUUGUUUGGGCGUUUUCCGCUCAGAAAAUUCGUCUUUGGUACUACAUGAUCAUCGGUUGGGUUACGCCCUUUUUCAUUACGGUGGCUUGGGUUGUGAUGAAGGAGACCUAUGAUGAAAAAACAUGUUGGCUCCAUUCUGGGACUUCCGUUGACUACAUUAUCCACGGACCGGUGUUCUUGUUCCUAGCGACGAAUGUUUUUUUCAUCGUGGCAAUCAUAUGGGUUCUGGUGACGAAGAUGAAGGCAUCGAACACACUAGAGACUCGUCAGUCCAGAAAAGCUGUCCGGGCGACCGUGGUUCUGGUACCGCUACUGGGACUGACCUACAUCCUGUUUAUCAAGCCACCAUUUGAUGACCGUAUUCUCAACAGCAUCUUUCAGCACGUAAACGCUUUGUUACAAUCUACACAGGGCUUGCUUGUUGCCAUAUUCUACUGCUUCCUCAAUGGAGAGGUACGAUCCUUGCUUCGUCAGAGAUUGAACGCGCUACAGGACAGCCGCACUCUGAGCAGAUACACAAAAUCCUCGUUUUUUGGUAGUCCUCGACGUUCCAGUUGUUACGCUGUGGCUCUGACAACAUGUAACGGGAAAGGGGUCACCCCCAAAGGCAGCGUUAAUUCAAAAGGAUCAAGGGUGGGAGAAACAGAGACAGAAGCUUCUGCUUUGAUGAUAGAGAAGGUCGGUAAUACUUCAGAAGUGACACCGCUGAGUGACCGACUGUCCACUGACACCAACGUCUGA